ACAAGCAGAAGUAAACAAGACAACCCAAAACAUCCAAUCUUCUCAUUAUCAACGUGACAAUUUUAUUAUUUUAAAUUGAAGUGAUAUCAACUAUAACUUUAUCUCGAUUGGUAUCAAAAAUCUAUCCAAGAUGAUGGACUUUGAUGAAUCGUUUAUCAUGAAUCAGGACUUGGAAGAACCUGAACAAGCUCAAGAAGCAAAAGAAGGUCCACGUAGAGGAAGAAAACCUGGGAGGCGAUCGGCUGACAAAAUGGACGUUAAAGCGAAACUUGAGAGAAGUAGACAGAGUGCCAGGGAAUGUAGGGCCAGGAAGAAACUUCGUUACCAAUAUUUGGAAGAAUUAGUCACGGAACGAGAAAAAGCUGUCAUGCUUCUCAGGAGGGAACUUGAUAAAUAUCGAGCUUCUGUGAAAGACGUCGAGGAAGGCAGAAUGACAGAAGAGGUCCAAGUUCUCCUCAGUGAACUGGGAAUCAUCAAACAAGAAACUUGAACUGUCU